AUGUCCGUCCUAAGAUCCAUCUCGCUCGCAGAGCGGCAGGCCAUCAAACGGGACAUCCUGGCCAGCAACGACACAUUCGUCGCCGCACUCCCCAAAGUCGAACUACACGUCCACAUCGAAGGCACACUGACGCCCUCACUGCGCUGGAAGCUCGCGCAGCGCAAUGGUAUGACCCUCGGCCUCAAGCGAACGGGAACCGUCUACCACACCCUCGAGCAAUUGGAGGCGUCGUACGAACUGAUCGUGUCGCGACCCGGCCACUCAUUCAACCACGCAGAGGAACGCUUCACAUUUUUCGAAGCGUACUACGAUGGGUUCGAGGUCCUCGUUACCAAGCAGGACUUUUACGACCUGGCCAUGAACUACUUCGAGCACGCCGCGAGCAUGAAUGUGCGUUACUGUGAGCCCUUUUUCGACCCCCAGGGCCACACCAGGAGAGGUGUGUCGUGGGCAACCAUGAUGGGAGGGUUAAAGGAGGCCCAGCUCGAGGCCGAGAGGCGGCUCAAAGUGAAGUCGAAGUGGACCAUGUGCUUCCUGCGUGACAUGUCGCCGGAAUCCGCCAUGGAACAUUUGGAGGCUGCCCUCCCAUACCGCGACAUGAUCGUUGGUAUCGGCCUCGACUCUGACGAGUACUUGCGUCCUCCCUCCUUGUUCGAAGCAGUCUUUUCCCGCGCUCGCGCCGAGGGCUUUCACCUCACCUGCCACUGCGACGUCGGCCAGCAAGACACCCAUGACCACAUCCGCCAAGUCGCCUCAACUAUGGGCGGCACCGGUGCCGAACGGAUCGACCACGGCAUCAACGCUGCAGAAAAGCCCGAGCUCGUGGAGCUCAUCCGCCGCAAUGGACUCGGCAUGACUAUCUGUCCGUGGGCGUACAUGAGGCAUGAGCCGCUCGAUGAGAUCUUUCCACGCUUACGCGUCUUAUACGACGCCGGUAUCCCGGUUUCAAUUGCAAGUGACGAUCCGGCGUACAUGGAGGACUCAUGGCUGAUCCACAACAUGUUGGUCGCUAAGAAGAUGUGCAAUUUCACCAAUGAGGACAUGGAAAAGUUGACCAGGAACGCGGUCAGCAUCUGUUGGGCGCCCGACAAUGUCAAGUCGGACAUUUUGCAAGAGCUGGAAGCGGUGGUGGCAGCGUUUUCUUAA